AUGUCAUCGUCCGGUAAAGACAACAGCGGUGCCCCACACGCCAAUUACGUGGGACCUUACCGUUUGGAGAAGACGCUCGGGAAAGGACAGACAGGGUUGGUCAAGCUGGGAGUCCACUGUGUAACAUGCCAGAAAGUCGCCAUAAAGAUCGUCAACCGUGAGAAACUCAGCGAGUCAGUACUAAUGAAGGUGGAGCGAGAAAUAGCUAUUCUGAAGCUCAUAGAACACCCGCAUGUUUUAAAGCUACAUGACGUCUACGAAAAUAAAAAAUACUUGUACCUUGUGCUAGAACAUGUGUCUGGUGGUGAACUGUUUGACUACUUGGUGAAGAAAGGCAGGUUAACGCCUAAAGAGGCCCGGAAAUUCUUCAGACAGAUCAUGUCUGCCCUGGACUUCUGCCACAGUCAUUCCAUAUGCCACAGGGAUCUAAAGCCAGAGAACCUGUUGCUAGAUGAAAAGAACAACAUCAGGAUAGCAGACUUUGGCAUGGCAUCGCUUCAGGUUGGAGACAGUCUGUUGGAAACCAGCUGUGGAUCCCCGCACUACGCAUGUCCGGAGGUCAUCAGGGGAGAGAAGUAUGACGGGAGGAAAGCAGACGUCUGGAGCUGUGGGGUCAUUCUUUUUGCUCUCUUGGUGGGCGCCCUGCCGUUUGAUGACGACAACUUAAGGAAUCUUCUGGAGAAAGUGAAGUUGGGAGUGUUUCACAUGCCACACUUCAUCCCUCCAGACUGUCAGAACCUCCUCCGCGGCAUGAUCGAAGUGGACGCCUCAAAAAGACUAACGUUAGAACAGAUCCAGAAGCACACGUGGUACAUAGGGGGCAAAAACGAACCAGAGCCAGAGCAGCCUGUGCCCAGGAAGGUGACCAUCCGCAGCCUGCCCUCCGCGGACGACAUCGACCCAGACGUACUGGACAGCAUGCACUCUCUGGGCUGCUUCAGGGACAAAAACAAACUACUGAAAGACCUGCUCUCAGACGACGACAACCAGGAGAAGAUGAUCUACUUUCUCUUAUUGGACCGUAAAGAGAGGUACCCCAGUCAGGAGGACCAGAACCUUCCCCCUCGCAAUGAGAUUGAUCCGCCGAGGAAGCGGGUGGAUUCCCCCAUGUUGAACCGUCACGGCAAGAGGAGACCGGAGAGGAAGUCCAUGGAGGUCCUCAGUGUCACGGACGGAGGCUCGCCGGUGCCGGCCAGGAGGGCCAUCGACAUGACGCAGCACGGACAAAGGUCGCGGUCUAUCAGUGGAGCCUCCUCUGGCCUCUCCACCAGCCCCCUCAGCAGCCCACGGGUUACCCCUCACCCCUCCCCUCGAGGCAGCCCCCUCCCCACCCCAAAGGGCACCCCAGUGCACACUCCAAAGGACAGCCCGGCUGGGACGCCCACCCCGACGCCGCCCCCGAGCCCCUCCAUCGGAGGCAUGCCUUGGAGGACGCGCCUCAACUCCAUCAAGAACAGCUUCCUGGGCUCGCCACGCUUCCACCGCAGGAAACUCCAAGUUCCUACACAAGAGGAGAUGUCCAGCCUCACACCAGAGUCUUCCCCAGAACUUGCCAAAAAAUCCUGGUUUGGUAACUUCAUCAACCUGGAAAAAGAGGAGCAGAUCUUCAUCGUCAUCAAAGACAAGCCUCUCAGCUCCAUCAAGGCCGACAUCGUUCAAGCCUUUCUGUCGAUUCCCAGCCUGAGCCACAGUGUGAUCUCUCAGACCAGUUUCCGAGCAGAGUACAAAUCCACAGCCGGCCCCACAGUCUUCCAGAAGCCGGUGAAAUUUCAGGUGGACAUCACCUACACGGAGAGCACAGCUGCCACCAAGGAGAACGGCAUCUACUCUGUCACCUUCACCCUGCUCUCAGGACCCAGCCGGCGCUUCAAGCGAGUAGUGGAGACGAUUCAGAGCCAAUUGUUAAGCACACACGACCAGCCUGGAGUCCAACAGCUGUCCGGCAGCCCAUUGAGUAACUUCUUUGACGUAAUUAAACAACUUUUUUCAGACGAGAAGAACGGACAGGUGCCCUACCCCUCUGGCACGCCCUCCAAGCACUGCCCCCCGCCCAUGCACGUCCGGAGGCAUGAGCCGGAAAAUAAUGACACCAAAUACCCCGCCGCGGGCCGAGACAGAGCCAAGUUGUCGGUGGCAUCUGUGGGGACGCAGGAGGAGUCUUAG